AUGAAUAGGUUAUUACUUCAUAAAAGGUAUUAUAGUAUACCGUGGAAAUUAAUAGAUAAUGUGACAAAAUUGGAUCGUGCAAGGGCAUGUUCAUGUAUAAAAUUCCCUCAAGAUGCUCCAAUUGAUUUAAGUGGUGAUUUAAAUUAUACAAGUGCAAUACCAUCAAAACAUAUAAUGUGUUUGACUACCAAAGAUAAUAAAAUGGAAGAAUUCAAUUCUAAAAUAGAAGAUUGGAAAGGUACAUUAGCUUUUGAAAUGCAAAAAUUCAAAAAAUUAUAUCAAGAUCAAAGAGUACUGAUAUCUAGUAUUGUUUUUGAAAAUCAUCAAAAGAUUUUAAAAAGAUUUUCUUUAAAAGAAGGUUCAGAUCAACAGUUGGUGUUUUUAUAUCCUGAUAAUAUUGCUAUUAGAUUUAAUUUGAGAAAUACUUAUGAAUUUAUAAUCAAAUACUUAUAUAAAGAACAAAUUCAAGAUGUUUACAACCCAUUUAAACCACAAAUUAAAGAAAAGAAAUUAAAUAUCUCGAUAGAUAUUAAUUCAAUCGAUUCUAAUUUAUUUCAAGAAUUUGAAAUUGGUAAGGAUCUAGUUUUAACUUGUGGACAUGCUAAACGUGAUAUUAGAUGUGGAAUUAUGGGUCCAAUUCUACAAAAUGAAUUCACUUCUAGGUUGAAGAAAGAUUAUAUUAAUUCAGUUUAUAAUGGUCAAAUAACUCAUAUUGGUGGUCAUAAAUAUGCUGGUAAUGUAUUAUAUUAUCCUAAAGAAACUUCAAGUCCGAAGGAUUUCAUAUGGUAUGGAAGAGUAUUUCCGGAAGAUGUCGACGAUAUAAUUAAGGAAACUGUGGUAAAUAAAAAAAUAAUUAAAGAAUUAUUUAGAGGUCCCAUUGGUAAUUAUAUGAAACAUUAA